UGGUGCUAGGGUUAGGUUUCCUCGCGGUGAUGUGGUGACGGGGGGUGGGGUGGGGUGGUGGGGGGAUGACGGACCGGGGGAGGAUGAAGGGUGUGGAGGGUGGCGAGGGAGGGAGUGCUGGUGGGGAGGGGGAGGAGAGGGACGGGGAGGCACGGGAGGAACUGGAGCUCGCGCUCUCGCUGGGUCGGCGUGGGUGGCAUUUGCCACCGGCGCCGCGGCGUGAGCCACCCACUCCCACAGCGAUGAGGUGGACGGUGCCUCAUGCCUGGGACCACGAAGCGGCAGGGAGCUCGAGGACUGUGUCGAGGAUAUGGGAGGCACCGCAUGCCCCUCCGCUUAGGUUACGGGACAUGUGGAAUGGCGGACACGCAGACAGUGGUGCAGGGGCCGCUGUAGAUGCCGCUGAAGAGGGGGAAGAGGAUGAUGAGGACGGAGAUGAAGAUGGAGACAGGGAUCUGCAGAGUAAACGAGCCAAAGUGCGCGGGUUCGGCGAAGAAACCCCGCAACAUUCUGGUGUAAAUGCUUCCUUCUUCGGCUUUGAAACAACUCAUUUCCCUGGUUCUGAUGAACAUGUCCAUUUCAAGCUGUCACACUGUGCAGAAAAUGAAUUAAAUUUUGGUUUGUCGCUUUUUCCAAAUGAUGGUGUUAAUGAGAACCCAAGGGAUGCCAAUGUUGACGAUGCAGAAAACUCAGGUGGAAGAAAUUCUGAAGAUGUCGAAAUAAGAAUGGAUCUAUCUGAUGAUCUAUUGCACCUGAUAUUCUCUUUCUUGGGUCAGAGGGAUCUAUGCAAAGCAGGUGCCUCUUGUAAACAGUGGCGCUCUGCUAGUAUGCAUGAAGACUUCUGGAAAUGCUUGAAGUUUGAGAAUACUAGGAUAUCUCUGCAAAACUUUGUUGACAUUUGCCAUCGUUACCCAAAUGUGACAUACCUCAAUCUGUCUAGUGUCCCACAUGCAGAAUUACUGGUGAUGGAAGCGAUAACAUGCUUAAGGCAUCUCAAGACAUUAACGAUGGGCAAGGGGCAACUGGGAGAAUCAUUUUUUCAGUUGUUGUCUGAAUGCCCAUUACUGACUACUCUGACAGUUAGUGAUGCAUCCCUAGGGAGUGGCAUUCAAGAAGUGACUAUUAAUCAUGAUGGAUUGCGUGAACUUCAAAUUUUGAAAUGUCGUGCACUCAGAAUAUCUGUCAGAUGUUCCCAGCUUCAAAUUCUCUCCUUGAGGCGAACUGGCAUGGCUCAUGUAUCACUCAACUGUCCUCAGUUGGUUGAAUUGGAUUUUCAAUCCUGCCAUAAACUUUCUGACAAUGCUAUCCGCCAAGCUGCUACAGCUUGUCCACUGUUAGCAUCACUAGAUAUGUCAUCUUGCUCCUGUGUUACUGAUGAGACACUGCGUGAGAUAGCUAAUUCAUGUCCAAAUCUUUCUGUUCUUGAUGCAUCUAACUGCCCAAACAUUUCAUUUGAGUCGGUAAGGCUUGCGAUGUUGAUAGACUUGAGACUACUAAGUUGUGAGGGAAUCACGUCUGCUUCCAUGACUGCAAUAGCUUACAGUCGUCUGCUCGAGGCAUUGCAACUUGAUAACUGCAGUCUGUUGACAUCUGUGUCUUUGGAUCUGCCACAUCUUAAGAAUAUAAGCCUUGUUCACCUGCGCAAGUUUGCUGAGUUGACUUUGAGAAGUCCUGUGCUUUCUUAUAUUAAAGUUUCCAGAUGCUCAGUUCUUCAUCGUGUUAGCAUAACAUCAAAUGCUCUUCAGAAAUUGGUGUUGCAAAAGCAAGAGAGCCUAUCAAGUCUAUCAUUGCUAUGCAACAAUUUGAUCGAUGUGGAUCUUAGUGACUGUGAAUCAUUAACAAAUGCAGUUUGUGAAGUUUUCAGUGAUGGAGGUGGUUGCCCAAUGCUCAGAUCAUUAAUUCUUGACAACUGUGAGAGUCUGAGCACUGUUGAACUGAAUAGUAGUUCCAUGGUCAAUCUCUCUCUUGCUGGUUGCCGAUCCAUGACAUUACUAAAACUCUCAUGUCCAAAUCUUCAAAAGGUGAAUCUUGAUGGUUGUGAUCACCUUGAAAGAGCAUCGUUUUGUCCAGUUGGCCUUGAAUCCCUAAACCUUGGAAUCUGUCCAAAAUUAAAGGUUCUUCACGUUGAGGCCCCUAAGAUGUCUCUAUUGGAGUUGAAGGGUUGUGGUGUUCUUUCUCAGGCAUCAAUAAAUUGCCCUCGCUUGGCAUCCUUAGACGCCUCAUUCUGCAGGCAACUUAUGGAUGAUUCACUGUCUCAAACAGCAGAGGCGUGCCCCCUAAUUGAAAAUCUUAUCCUGUCGUCAUGUAUAUCGAUUGAUAGGAAUGGAUUGUCGUCUUUGCAUUGCCUUCAUAAGCUGACCUUGCUUGAUCUGUCAUACACAUUUUUGGACAACUUGAAGCCUGUUUUUGACAGUUGCCCACAGCUAAAGACGUUGAAACUUUCUGCGUGCAAGUAUCUCCGUGAUUCAUCAUUAGAUGCUCUCUACAGAGAGAGUGCUCUUCCAAUGUUAGUUGAGCUAGAUCUGUCCUACUCAUCGAUUGGGCAGAUUGCAAUAGAGGAGCUUCUUUCAUGCUGUACAAAUUUGGUUAAUGUGAAUCUGAAUGGAUGCACAAACCUGCUUCAAUUAGUGUGUGGUUCGGAUGACUGCAGUUCUGGCGACAUGCCUGUUGAUGUUUGUCCAACUGAUUCAGCACCAGUGAGGAGUGAAGAGAUCAGUGAGCGGUCUGAUCGUCUGCUUGAAGUUCUGAAUUGUACUGGUUGUCCAAAUAUUAAGAAAGUUAUCAUCCCUUCAGUGGCAACCUAUCUCCAUCUGUCCAAAAUCAAUCUUAAUCUGUCCACAAAUUUGAAGGAAGUAGAUUUGACAUGCUCCAAUCUCUAUUCUUUAAACCUGAGCAAUUGUAGCUCCCUGGAGGUUCUGAAGCUUGAUUGCCCAAGACUGACAAAUCUCCAACUUCUGGCAUGCACCAUGUUGCAAGAGGAGGAAAUAGAAUCUGCAAUAUCCCUCUGCAGUGCAUUGGAGAUUCUCAAUGUGAACUCUUGUUCAAAGAUAAAUGUGCUGGACUUUAGCAGACUGCGUGCGGCUUGUCCAAGCCUCAAGCGCAUCCAAAGCAGCCUUAUCGCAUAAUAUGAAGGCUGCAAUCGUUUUGAGGAGUCGUUGAGGCAAUAGUUUGCUGUAUCUGUGUGCCCUGUUCCUUCGACGUGGGAGAUUCUAGCUCUAGAUUUGGAAAGAACAAAAAAGAAGCCCUUCAUGGCACUCUUGUACAGGCUAGCGGCAGCAUCGCCAUUAUAUUGCAUGGCAACGUAUAUUAGGAGCCAGGGUGGGGGUGAUGCGAGCGGUUUCAGUUGAUUCUCGUGCGGUAAUAAGUAUCAUCUCUAGCUGAAUCUUGGUGGGUGUGUAAUUGUUUCUGUUUCCUUUUCUUUUACCUGUAUUGCGCUCCUAUGGAGCGACCAGAUCUGUACUCCGGUUUACAUAUGCGUUAAUAAUCAUCUUGGUUGGAUCUGAGCUA